AGGACAGCCUGAAAUUGACAACACAAGGACACAGGAUCGCAGGAUCAUCCUCUUCAGCUUUCUAAUGGCCCAAAUCUCAGCAACCUAUACUAGGAUCGCCAGUAACCCCAGAGAACAGGGGAGAUGUGUCUGAGCCGGGGGGCGCCUCUGCUUCUGUUUCUUUAAGGAGCCGCUGUUUAGCAUUCCUGCUGCUGCCGCUGCCGCUGCCUGACUCUGCGUUCUGAUUGGCUGGAAUCAAUUGAGAAGGGAGCCAGGGAGAGAUGCUCUUGACUCCACUCAGAUCCAUCCUGGGGACCUGAGCAGAAGAGGUUCUCGCCGCACCUAACCCUUGCCUGGGAGCCCGAUUCUUCUUUGCCGCUGGGCCUCGGCCCAGAAGCCACAACGGGCGACACGGAGCCGCCAGUGCUGGAGGGGGAGCCAUGGGUGCGGGGCAGCGUGGGGGCAGAGGCCCCGGGACGCCCGCCGGGCCCCAGGCCCCGCUCCGCCCGGGCACCCCCACGGGUGCCCCCCCCUUCUUGGUCUGAGCAGUGCGAGUGUGCUAGGGAGCCCAGCGGCGGCGGCGGCGUGGAAACUGGCGUGGGCUGGGGGGUCCGAGCCGCGGGGGGCAGUGCCAUGCACAAGCACCAGCACUGCUGUAAGUGCCCCGAGUGCUAUGAGGUGACCCGCCUGGCCGCCCUGCGGCGCCUCGAGCCUCCUGGCUAUGGGGACUGGCAGGUGCCGGACCCCUAUGGGCCAAGUGGGGGCAAUGGGGCCAGCUCCGGUUAUGGAGGCUACAGCUCGCAGACCCUGCCUUCACAGGCAGGGGCUACCCCCACCCCUCGCACCAAGGCCAAGCUCAUCCCCACAGGCCGAGAUGUGGGGCCAGUGCCCCCUAAGCCAGUACCCGGCAAGAACACCCCAAAACUCAACGGCAGUGGCCCCAGCUGGUGGCCCGAGUGCACCUGUACCAAUCGGGACUGGUAUGAGCAGGCCAGCCCUGCACCCCUCCUAGUGAACCCCGAGGCUCUGGAGCCCAGCCUAUCGGUGAAUGGCAGUGAUGGCAUGUUCAAGUAUGAGGAGAUAGUCCUGGAGCGGGGCAACUCUGGCCUGGGCUUCAGUAUCGCAGGUGGCAUCGACAACCCUCAUGUCCCUGAUGACCCUGGCAUCUUUAUUACCAAGAUCAUUCCUGGUGGAGCAGCUGCCAUGGAUGGGAGGCUGGGGGUGAAUGACUGUGUGCUACGGGUGAAUGAGGUGGACGUGUCCGAGGUGGUGCACAGCCGGGCCGUGGAGGCACUGAAGGAGGCAGGCCCUGUGGUGCGGUUGGUGGUGCGGAGGCGACAGCCCCCACCUGAGACUAUCAUGGAGGUCAACCUGCUCAAAGGGCCAAAAGGCCUGGGUUUCAGCAUUGCUGGGGGCAUUGGUAACCAGCACAUCCCAGGAGACAACAGCAUCUAUAUCACCAAGAUCAUUGAAGGAGGAGCUGCUCAGAAAGAUGGACGCCUACAGAUUGGGGACCGGCUUCUUGCGGUGAACAACACCAAUCUGCAGGAUGUGAGGCAUGAGGAAGCUGUGGCCUCACUCAAGAACACAUCAGACAUGGUCUAUCUGAAGGUGGCCAAGCCAGGCAGUCUCCACCUCAACGACAUGUAUGCUCCCCCCGACUAUGCCAGCACUUUCACUGCCUUGGCUGACAAUCAUAUAAGCCAUAAUUCCAGCCUGGGUUAUCUUGGGGCAGUGGAGAGCAAGGUCACCUACCCUGCUCCUCCUCAGGUGCCCCCUACUCGUUACUCUCCCAUUCCCAGACACAUGCUGGCUGAGGAAGACUUUACCAGAGAGCCCCGCAAGAUCAUCCUGCACAAAGGUUCUACAGGCCUGGGCUUCAACAUUGUAGGAGGAGAGGAUGGAGAGGGCAUUUUUGUUUCAUUCAUCCUGGCAGGAGGCCCAGCAGACCUAAGUGGGGAGUUGCGAAGGGGAGACCGGAUCUUAUCGGUAAAUGGAGUCAACCUGAGGAAUGCUACCCAUGAGCAGGCAGCGGCUGCUCUAAAACGGGCUGGCCAAUCAGUCACCAUUGUGGCCCAGUAUAGACCUGAAGAGUACAGUCGCUUUGAAUCCAAGAUCCAUGACUUGCGAGAACAAAUGAUGAACAGCAGCAUGAGCUCGGGGUCCGGGUCUCUCCGAACCAGUGAGAAGAGGUCCUUGUAUGUCAGGGCCCUGUUUGAUUAUGAUCGGACUCGUGACAGCUGCCUACCAAGCCAGGGACUCAGUUUCUCUUAUGGUGACAUUCUACACGUCAUUAACGCCUCUGAUGAUGAGUGGUGGCAAGCAAGGCUGGUGACUCCACAUGGAGAGAGUGAACAGAUUGGUGUGAUCCCUAGUAAAAAGAGGGUUGAAAAGAAAGAGCGAGCUCGAUUGAAAACUGUGAAAUUCCAUGCCAGGACAGGGAUGAUUGAGUCUAAUCGGUCGAUCAAAACGAAACGUAAAAAGAGUUUUCGCCUCUCUCGAAAGUUUCCAUUUUACAAGAGCAAAGAAAACAUGGCCCAGGAGAAGAGCAUACAGGAACAGGGAGUGACAUCCAACACCAGUGACAGCGAAAGCAGUUCCAAAGGACAAGAGGAUGCUAUUUUGUCAUAUGAGCCAGUGACACGACAAGAAAUUCAUUAUGCCAGGCCUGUGAUCAUCUUGGGCCCAAUGAAGGACCGAGUCAAUGAUGACCUCAUCUCUGAGUUCCCGCAUAAGUUUGGAUCCUGCGUGCCACAUACCACCCGACCUCGGCGUGAUAACGAGGUAGAUGGACAGGAUUACCACUUUGUGGUUUCCCGGGAACAGAUGGAGAAGGAUAUUCAGGACAACAAGUUCAUCGAGGCAGGCCAGUUCAAUGAUAAUCUCUACGGGACCAGCAUCCAGUCUGUGCGGGCGGUUGCAGAGAGGGGCAAGCACUGCAUCUUAGACGUGUCCGGCAACGCUAUAAAGAGACUGCAGCAAGCACAACUUUAUCCCAUUGCCAUUUUCAUCAAGCCCAAGUCCAUCGAAGCACUUAUGGAAAUGAACCGACGGCAGACAUACGAACAAGCAAAUAAGAUCUUUGACAAAGCCAUGAAACUGGAGCAAGAAUUUGGAGAAUACUUUACAGCCAUUGUACAGGGUGACUCACUGGAAGAGAUUUAUAACAAAAUCAAACAAAUCAUUGAGGACCAGUCUGGGCACUACAUUUGGGUCCCAUCCCCUGAAAAACUCUGAAGAAUCCCCUCCAACCAUUCUCUUGUGAACAGAAGAAAUCAAGUCCCUCUUCCCUCCUUCCUCUUCAUUCCUGUCCCCACGGGGAGAACAAAUGACUACUGUUCUUGUCCCCCUUUUUAGAUAUGUCAAAAAUUGAGUUUUCUAGUCCUGUUCUUUUUUAAAAAUGUUGUUUGGUUUUGGUUUAUUUUUUGGGAUGAUGCCAUCUCACUCAUCAUGUGACCGUGCCCAUUCCUGCAUGGACCUUUCCCGCGCUAGCACAGGUGCAAACCCAUCAGAGUUGUUGUUCUCAUAAACACCCAGCAGAAGCGCAGAGAAGAGACGAGGACUGACGGAAAGACAGACUCUGGACAACUGCACAGCUUGUGAAGUGAGCGAAACAGCCCACGUGAUGAGGUGCCCCUGGGCAUUUCUACCCUGUACUGCUGGCUUGCAGCUCUGAACAGUGCAACGUAACGGCUACAGAAAGUAUCUUAUUUAUAUAUAGAUAUAUAUAUGUAAUUUAUAUAAAAUAUAUAGAAAUUAUUAUAUAUAUAUAUUAUACACUCUUCUAUAAUAUAUAUAUAUAUUCACAUACAUUGGGACUAGAAAAAUCUAUGGAGAUGUCCAUCAAUGGUACUAUGUUAUUAGAGAAAUGCUUUAAUUUUCAUAUUCCAAUCAGAUGACAUCCUAUGUUCCACUGGUUGGGAAGGGGUUGACAACAGUAGUAAGUGCUAUACCAAAGCACUUGGAUUUGGUCAUUCUCUUCAGAGCUAAGGUUUGCUCCAGGUGGGGCCAACCUACAGCGCAAGAGAAGGGGCUUUGGCUGGGAGCUUGAGCUUGGAGACUUGACUGAAAGCAGUUGCUGCCCCUGCAGGGCAGCCAUUCCUGUGCAGAAAGAGAGAAUGAAUGGCUAAUGACGCUCCGGAUGAAAUUGCCUAUUGUUCUAUGCCGCCUGACGUGUCUGCAUGAGAGGUUUCCUUUUUGUUCAUUUUUAAGCUGCUGUUAAACCAAAACCAUGUUGUGCUACUGUGUCAGCCUUUUCAUUAUUCCAAAUUUUACUUUUACUAUUUAAGUGAAUGCGUAGAAUCCUAUUUGCCAGUGUUCUAAAGGCUUGUGAGGUUCGGAAGGAGCCAGGCCUGGGAUACAGCAGUAACUCCGGCCUGGCCAUCCAGUCAACAGAGGGAAAGCAGGGGCUGGUGAGGGCAGAGAGUACAAGCUGCGCUCAGUUACUAUGCUGGACUUAGCUAGGGGUUCCUUCAUGGGGCCACUGACAGGCGUAGGGACGAGCUUGCCUUCCAGCUCUGUGCUGGGACAGCGGAAGAGCACCAGGCUUGACCAGCCGUGUAGUGAGUUGAAUUUGGGUUCUUUUACUUUGUAACUGCUCCAUUUGCCCUACCCCAGCCCCCUCACCAACAGCUGGUAGCUUACUGUUUCUUCAAGAAGAAAGUAGACUUUAAUGCUGUAAAUUUGAGCUGUAGAGCUAAGACUCGCUUACUGGUGAGCUGUGAAAUCUUGUUGCUUUUUUCCCAGAGUCUGAUGGCAGUGACUGGUCCAGGUAGUUUUCCUCCCACAGCCAGUGCAGGCAGCAGGUGUGGUCCAGGCCCUACCCCACCCCACUAUGCUCCUUUGAAGCCAACGUGCCUCCCUCACCUCCACACUGGAGGGAUGACGCAGGGGAGAACAUAGAAUUGCUUGGCCCUCAACUGGGUUAGGACCAUUGCAGGUGACGCAGUGUUGAAGACACUUUAAAGCACUACCAGCCACAUUCAGGAACUCUGUUCACAGGUAUCCUACCAGCACAAUGAGGCUAACUGUGACUCGUGGGGCCCAGAGUCAGAAGAAAGAAAAGGCAGCAGCUUUCCUUUGGGCAGUACACUGGAUUGAAGGCAAAGAGGGAUAAAGCGACAGAUGAUUGUGACUCUCAUGAGGGGGGUGAGCGGAGAGUGUUGAUUCUCUGAUGGUAACUGACAGGUGUGAACAAUGCUCAGCCCUCCCUCCCUCCCAGGGAAGAAAAGCAAAGAUUCAAAGUAAGCAUGAUAAUAGUUGGUUUACCAGUGUUCCUUCCAAGGAGACAUAUAUUUUUUAAUAAAUGAUAGUUGCAAUGAA